UUCCCAGCAUCAUCUACUUCGAUUUCGUCAAUUGCAAUCCGACCAUACAUUGCAUACAUAUCCAGAAGUCUUUACAACCCUGAACAUCUCCUUCAAUCCAUUGUCACCAGAACGAACCCAACCACACAAAAUGCUUACCGUUCAAUUGCUUGCCCUUUCCGGCCUCAUGCUCGUGAGCAACGUCGCCAUGGGCGCCGAGCUGGACCGCGACGACGUGCCCAAUCGCUGCUGGGAAGUCUGCGGCCCGGUGGUAGGAAUCGCACAGAAGUGCGAUGGCAUGCACGACAGUGACCGUGCCGAAAUGCAGUGCAUCUGCGACUGGAAACAGGCGCCAUCCUUGAUCCCUCUCUGCGAGGCCUGUAUCGCGCAGUAUCGCAGCGAGCGCCACAACAGGGACCAUGAUGACGACGGCGAUGAUCACGAUGACCGCGACCCCCAUCACAAUGGUACAGGAUGCCCCCCUCAUCCCUCAUAAAGAUCCAGAUAACUGACAUCCGAUGCCAUCCAGAUGCC